ACAGGGUAGUGGUCCGCACGCACUCCGUCAGGUCAAUGAGAUAUUUCUUGUUAAUUACUUAAACACCAGCACAAUUGUUUUGGAAUGGAUGAUGAUGCACCAGAUGAGGUCUUUGCCGAGCUCAAGACCAGGCCUCUCGGAGGAUGGGGUAUUGCACAGAUCGCUGCUGGCACUGGGCUUGCUGUAUACGCAAUGUGGGUGGGAGUCCUCCAGCCAGGCUUCAGAAAAGUCCCUUUGAGGUUACAGGUGCCGUAUAUCCCUGCCAGCAAAGCUCAAGUGGAUAAUGUAAUGACAUUGCUGAGAGGUCGAAAGGGAGGCCUUGUGGAUUUGGGAUCUGGUGAUGGACGCAUUGUCUUGGAAGCCCAUCGACAGGGCUUCACUCCCGCUGUCGGCUAUGAGCUCAACCCCUGGCUUGUUCACCUGUCUCGCUUUCAUGCCUGGAGAGCAGGCCAUCAUGAGAAGGUGUCGUAUCGGCGAGAAGAUCUCUGGAAGGUCAACUUGACAGAAUGCAAGAAUGUCACAGUGUUUUUGGCUCCUAGCGUGCUUUCAUUAUUGCAGCAGAAGUUGCAGACUGAGCUUCCUGAUGACGCCUUAGUGGUAGCCGGUCGUUUUCCCUUACCUGACUGGACACCCUGCAGGAUUGAGGGACAUGGUGUGGACAGAGCCUGGGCGUAUCACAUGCAAGCACAAAGACAGAACACCUUCAAGAAAAAUGACGACCUCAUAGUCACAAAUAGCGACCCCAGUAGUGGACUGAACAAGGACAAAGGAUCUACUUGAAGCUUUUCAUUAGAUAAAAAUACCCAUUACUGGAAUAUUGAGGACAUUUAACCUGACUGUCUGUCUUUACAUUUUGACUACAUCUACAAACAGAUGUUUGUGGCAAACUUGCUCCUUAGCAGAGUACAGCAAUCAGGGAAUGUACAUUUUUGCACAAACUCUUCUCAACUAUCUUCAUGGAUGGACUCUGUCUUUGUUAUAAGCAAAGUUUGAACCAGAAAUUCCUGAACAAGGGUUUCUGUUACCUUUGAGGAAAAACCACACCUUUGCCUCCAGAAUGCUGAAGAUUUUUUCCGGAUUACUGCCUCUGGGAAGCAGUCUUAUAAAUGUGUUUUUAAGUUAUUUUAUCAUCUACAUUGUUUUCUGUUGUGUUAAUUUUAUGCCACAGAACUUAAGAUUAUUUAAUGUUUUACGUGAUCUAUUAGAAAUAAUUAUUAUUAAGUAUUUGUCGUAUAGGUUGUAUGUAAUUAGACAACUUCAGAGCAAAGUUUGCAUUCCACUGUGCGGCUUGUUUUUUAAAGGUACAAUUAAGUAAAAAUUUUAAUGCUUUUUGUGUGAAGGUGAAAGGUCCUCACUGCUGUGAGGAUGCCUUCGUGACAGCAAGUGUGGAAUGUGACUUCAUGAUCUGGAUGUUAAAGGUGGCUCGUGUUUUUUAACCCAAUUUCACAAACAGAUUGUAACACUGGUAUAAACCCCAUGGGGUCCACAGUGUAUAAGGGGAACAGUGUCAACAGUUUCACUGUGUGUAGUCCAUCCCUUAAAGGUGUACAUAGUAUGUAUACAUGUGGGUUUGCAAUUAAAGUGUUUUAAUUUAUGUAUGGACUAUGAAUGGACCUUUCUCAUGCACCAUGUGCUGGAGACUUAAUUUGUCACGCUACCUCGGAUGAUGUGUUUGUUUGUGGGUGAAAUUCCACUGUCAUUGAUUUACAGUGACAAGAGCAUGUCAUUGUUGCAGGCAUACACAUAUUGUCAAACAAUAUGCUGCAUUAACUGCACCCAGUGAACAGCAACCAGGAUUUCAAUGUUUAAGAUAAGAGAUAAGAUAAGCUAAAAGUUAAGUGAUCCCACACCAGGGAAAUUCACAUGUUACAGCAGCUCAAAUAGCACACAUAGAAAAGCAAGUUGAAUGACAAUAGAAUACUUAUAGAAUAAAGAUAAAAUACAAAAACAUAUAUCAGAAUUAGAAAAUAUAAAGUACUAAAUUUAGAAACAACUAUACACUCAAUACUAUUUAGACUAUAUACACCUUUCACUAAUGCACAUAUGGAAACGGGUAUGUAUGUAUGUAUGAAUAUAUGUAU